AAGCAUUAACGACCGUCGAUUGGACAGUGCGCAUUCUUUAAGCCGUUUCGGAUAUGUGAACAACCUGGAUGUGGCACGGCGAACCUUGUACAUUCUAGCCUUCACUAUCGUGAUGGACCAGUACUCGUUGUCACGAUCAGCAUCUAGGGCGCGUCGUUCGAAUAACGUCAUCCGGCUCUUUGGCCCCUAGAUAUUCAAUGUCUCGAGUACCGGAAAGGCAGAGAAAUUGGCCGCCAAGGUCUCCACACGAGGCAUUGUUGACGUCCCCGAGCGGGCGAAAGAGACUCGAAAGCCGACUAAAUCGCGACGCAUCACCAUCCCCAACGAAGCGACCGCAGCCUACAUCUCGACUCAAUGCAUUACACAAAGCUAUGUCCGAGGAUGAAGACGAAGAUGAUGAGGAGACGCUACAGCUCAAGCUACAAGAAAUCCAAGCACAGUUGAAGCUAAAAAAAUUGCAACAGGCAAAGGCUCGAAAGGCCGCCCAAGGAAGCUCUGACACAGAACAGACUAGAACGUCUACACACUCGAGGAGAGCCCAGUCGCCGGCGUUCACUGUCCAGAUACCCGUAUCUCCUACACAUGAUAAGAGAGCUCCAAAGCUUCCCCCUUCACCAGCACGCGUGCUCUUAGGGAUCGACAAAGGCCUAAGAGCACAAGAUGUGUCCUUGAAGCGGGCCGCGAGCUUCUCUACCAGGCUGGAGAAGACUCGGGCCGACCUGAAAUUAAACCCCAGGCCCACGUCACAACAGGGCGGGGAUGGUCAUGCGGCGCCCAGAGGCAAAAGCUUUAGCGAGAAGUUGAUCCAGAUCAGAGACGCAGAACGCGAACGCAAUGAAAAACAGGAACGUGUUUUAAAGUCCAGGAGCAGUGGCUUUGGGUUCAACAAAAAGGACCAGCACGGCGUCAGCGAUAUGCGUACUUCUUCGCAGCAAUCAAUGCACAGUCAAGGACAACAACCGAAUCUGCGGCAAGGCUUCACUAAGUCAUCUGAUGCACUGUCUCGUCAAAAUAAAGAUGCAUCUUUUCACACUUCCUCCCCAUCCAUAUCAACGACGCUUACAGGCCGUUCUGAAACAUCCAUGUCAUCGCAGCGUUCAUUGGCGUCUAGAUCUUCCGAAAACAAUCUUAGAUCCUUCAGAUCUCGAGCCACCUCCCCGACCACUCAAUACGAGACAGAACCGGAUUCAGCUGUUUCGAUAGAUCCAUCACUCUUUGAAUCGUUUUCUGGCAUCCAUCUCUCAAAGCGCAUUGUUCCACAUACAACAUUGACACGACAUCUAGAUGGAAAGACAGUAUACACUAUUCCCCAACUACUGAAGGAAGUUAAAUCGCCCCACUAUGAUCCUCCGGACGUUGAAGCAGACUACGUUGUUCUCGGGAUCAUUGCAUCUAAAUCAACACCUCUAAACCAUAAGAAGAAAUACCAGAAGACCUCGAAUGGCGACCCGGACGAGGAAGCCGAAGAUGAUCAAGCUGCAGGGCGAGCCAAAUUUAUGGUACUGCGGCUUUCAGAUCUCCACUGGGAAUUGGACAUGUAUUUAUUUGCAACUGGGUUCUCGGAAUUCUGGAAGUUGACAGUGGGCACAGUGGUUGCAAUACUGAAUCCGGGAAUCAUGCCGCCGAAGAAUAAGGAUACUGGGAACUUUUCCUUGAAGCUAUCAAGUAGCGAGGACAGUGUCAUUGAGAUUGGAUCUGCGCGUGAUCUGGGGUUUUGCAACGCAGUCAAGAAAGACGGCAAGCAAUGCGGCUCCUGGGUGGAUCUCCGCAAGACGAAGGUUUGCGAAUUUCAUGUCAGUCUCGCCAUUGAAAAGACGAAAAGUGGGCGCAUGGAGGUCAACACGAUGACUGGAUUUGGAUCUCGGUCUGGUGGUGGGUCUGGCAUGUUCGGUCUCCGAAAGGGCGCAGCCGGCACGAAACGAAGCGACGAGCUUAAAAGAGAAGGCAUGUUUAGAGAUCGUAGUAUACACGAAACGGUAUACAUUGCGCCCAGUGCGGCUAAAAUUCUCGAUGACGAAGAUAUGGAUUUCGGGGGCGGCAUCGAGAGAACGCUUUCUCGCGCUGAACAGUCUAGGAAGCGAUUCGCAGACAAAGAAAAGGAGCGGGAACUAGCAAGAAAGCUUGGACAGAUGGGUACAGGUCUUGGGGGGGAGUAUAUGCGCCGGAAAGUUGGCGAUGUUUCUGGAUACAAUGCCAACACUGGGUCGGACAGCUCGAGGGAUGGACCAAAGGAGAAGACAGACGCAGCAAGUCUGGGACUGCUGAAUCGAAAAGCUAGUGACGUCAGCCUCGCCCAUGCAAACAAGCGGAAGCGAGUGCUCAACUCUGGAAGUGAAGCUGUAGGGUGGGGCGGAGCUUAUAGACGCGGUCUUCCAAGUCCAAUUAGAAAGCCGGAGGUGCGACAGUCAAGUCCGGUCAAGAAGAAGGCCAGGUUCAUCCUUGAGGAGAAGGGCAUAAGAUUGCCCGGUCGAGAAAGCCUAGGAGGUCGUGGAAAUACCCCUGACGAUGAUGAUGACGACGACGGGUUGGAGAUCAUUUAGCGGCUACUUGAUCAUUUCUUGGAGUCUGGAGGGUCUUUUGGAGUAGGCGUUCGAGACUGAACUUCGUUCAAGUUCGUAAAUUUGGUUUGGGUAUCAAAAUAUCAUUUGUACAGGGGUAUUCGCCCCAUAGUGGCACAUUAUACCAGUGGU